AUGGAUUUUAUGCUUUGUUUGUAUUCUCAAGCUUUGCUUGUGACAGAGAUCACUUCUUCUUCUUCUUCCUCCUUCACAUGCAACAGAAACAGAUCUUCAAGCGGAACUUUUGAUCUAGAGAGAGAAAUAGAUCUGCUGGUUCCACUAGAAUCUGACCUUGAAGCCUCGGCCGCCCAUGAAGAAAAUAGCUUGAUCCGGUCGUUGGAGACAACGCCGCAUCAAGCAACCACCACGACAAUAUUCUCUAGACUUAAGCACGCCAUCCCCACCUAUUGGCUGGCCGGAUUAGCCACCAAAGGAGGACGAUUCGAUAUUGGCCUCGCAAGCUCUUCCCUUGCAAACUCAUUUACCCAGGUUGAGUUUUUCUCGUGUGGUUCUUGUUGGUUAAGGUUCUUCAGUGGAGAACUUUGUGCUCGAGAAUUUGUGAUUUCUCGUGAGAUGGAGAAUGAUCCAAAUCUCACGGAUGAGAGUGCAGAUGAUGACACUUCCGAAUUUGAGGAUGGUUCAGAGGAGGAUGGGCCUAACUUGUUUAUGGAUAAGAAUGAGUCUGAGUAUGCGGACUCGGACUAUCUUGUCACUCCUGAGAAUUCAAGUGAUGAAGCUCCAAAGAAGCCCAAGUUUCCUCAAUUCAAUGCCAAUGUGGAUCUUCAGGGAGACAUUACAUUGGUGAUUGGACAAAUUUUUGCUGAUCAUGUGCUGUUCAGAAAAGCACUAAAAGAAUUCUCAAUCCAACAUGGUUUUGAUUACAUUUUCAUGAAGAAUGAUAAAUGGAGGGUAACGGCAAUAUGUGCUAGGCAUUAUGGGUGGAGGAUUCAUGCAUCACCAACUCAAGACAAAGCUACCUUCCAAAUCAAGAGUUUUAAUGCAGUACAUAACUGUGGUAAGCAUGAUUUUAGCUCUAGGGUUGAUGCUAAGUGGUUGGCACAUAAGUAUUUGGACCAUUUGAGGGAUGCACCUGAUUGGGAUGUGGUUGCAUUUAAGAAGCAAGUCCAUAGAGACCACAACAUUGAUGUUUCAAAAGGACAGUGUUAUAGGGCUAAGAGAAUUGCCUAUAAUAUCCUACAAGGCACACAUGUUGAACAAUAUAGACAGCUCUGGGAUUAUUGUGCUGCUGUGUUGAAAUGCAAUUCAGGAUCCACAUUGGCUGUCUCGUGCCCAAACUCUAUUUUUGAGAAUUUUUAUGUGUGCUUGGAAGCUUGCAAGAAGGGAUUCAAGGCUGGAUACAGACCUUUGAUUUGUUUAGAUGGUUGCCAUCUAAAAACUAAGUAUGGCGGGCAUAUAUUAGCUGCAGUGGGAAAGGAUGCAAACGACAAUAUGUACCCAAUUGCAUAUGUUGUGGUUCAGAGUGAGUGCAGAGCCUCCUGGACAUGGUUCCUAACUCUUCUACAGGACGACAUUGGCAAUGCACAUGAUAAUGGGUUGAUUGAGACUUUUGAGCAUGAAUUCCCUGGUGUACAUCACAGAUUUUGUGUGAGGCACUUGUAUGCCAAUUUCAAGAAGAGAUGGAAUUUGAAGACACUAAAGGAUUAUUUUUUUGUGGCUGCUGGUGCAACAACUCAGAGAAGAUUCAGUUAUUGGAUGGAGGAGAUCAAAAAGAUUGACAUCCAAGCUUUCCAUUGGAUAAACCAGCAUGAUCCUAUUCUAUGGUCCAAGCAUGCUUUUAAUCCAAAUGUGAAGUGUGACAUCAUAGUAAACAACAUUGCUAAAACAUUCAACAACUGA